AUGACACCUAAUUUUUUGUCAAGUUGGCUUGAAGUUUAUAAAGCAACACACAUCCCAAGUAGAUCUGUUUCUUAUCCAGGAUCCUGUCAAACUUGUCGUGUGACAGUAGGAGUGGCUGUUUCUGCAGUAACCCUGGUCACAGGACUCUCUUUAUGCCUCAUUUUAUUUUGCUUAUUGUCAGCUGCACCAGAAGUGGAUCGGCCCCUGAACACAUCAGACAAAGAGCUGCCGGAGCAACUCCUGCAGUGCCGGAAAAAGCUCAGUGAUCUGAGCCUGAUGCUUCACGCUGUCACUCGAGAUUCCAGGUGUGGAGUGUGUCCUGAUGGCUGGAUGUGGUGGAGGGGUCACUGCUACUUCUUCUCGUUUGGACUGCAGGAGGAUCGUCAGUGGAACGAGAGCGCUGAGUUCUGUCAGGGACACAACAGCAGCCUGGCUGUCAUCAAGGACUCUGCAGAGAUGGAUUUUAUCCAGGACGUAAUGAGGAAGUUCCCCAGGUUUCCCUUCCUGUGGGUGGGGCUGACAGACACUCAGCAGGAGGGUCGGUGGAUGUGGAGGGACGGGACGGACAUCCAGCACUACAUGCUGAUGAAGGUGGAGUGGGAUGCCGAUCACAGGGACUGUGCAGACCUGAGGGGAGGCGGGACUCUAUUCGCCGCUGACUGUGAAGAGCACGGACCCUGGGCUUGUAAGAGAGAGUCCUGAGAGGCAGCCUCACGUGUUUU